AUUGUGCACCCAAGUGCAUAAUCCACGCUUUCCCGUUUGACGUUAAUGACUGAUGAGUGCUUCCAUUUGUAAUCUUUGAAGACCACUCACAGAGUCCGUCACCCCCAACACAAAAAACACUAAAAUGUCAAAACUUGCUAAAUCCACCACCACUUUCCUCUUCUCCAAUUCAUCUCUUCUCCACCACUUUCACCUCUUCUCCACCUCCUCCCUCUACAACAACAACAACAACAACAACAACAACAACUCGAACAACAACAACAACAACACCAGCAACAAAGAUGACAGUUGGAACGACGCCUGGGAAACAGCGUGGCUUCCUGACAAUCUCUCCGGCAAAAACACGCGCAGUCCUUGGGAAUCCGACGUUAAUUUCGGCCUUAUCCCCGACAACGCCGACCCUGAAACGAAAGCAUUUGUUGAGGACAUGAAUGACAAUUGGGAGAACCGCCGCAACAAAAGAGAUAACCCAAUUCACAACGAGCAAAUAAAGCAGGAACAAAGUAAUAAUGAUAACAACAAUGGCAAUGUUGGGUUGUAUAGUUUGGAGAAUGUUAAGAGGGAUUAUCGAUUGAAAAAGCAAAGAAUUCAUGCUGCUCUUUGGAUGAAACAGAUUGAAUUGUUAGAUGAAGCUAAAUUAGGUGGUGGAAAUGCUGAUCAUAUUGAUAGGCUGCUUGAUAGCUGCUCUGAGAUAUUUGACUCUGCUAGCAAUGAUCUGAAUGACACAAAAGUUCCCAGCACUUCCGAGUAUAAAAACAAGCCUGAUGGUUGGGAAACAACAUCCAAAUCGGAAGAUGACAAUGUAUGGGAAAUGUCACAGAGAGAAGAAGAUAUCCUUAUGCAAGAAUUUGAGCGUCGAAUGGCCUUUUGCAAGUUUCAGAUAGCAAGUUUUAUCAAGACACACAUAUUUAGCCGGAGGAGACCAAUUGACGGAUGGAAAUACAUGAUCGAGGUUAUAGGACCCAACGCCAGAAAAGGUAAAGGUAGUGUUUCAAGGUUACCAGGUCUUGCAGAUCCUGCAACUCAACCAUUCACGGAGGAAAGAACACCAAGAGUUGGUGGUCGCCUCACCUCGCGUAGGGCCAGAUAACUCCCCCCUGGAAAUCUUCAUGAAAGUGGUCGAUUGAUCCAUAUACCUGAUGUUGAAACUAGGACGAAAUGACAUGGAUCAAUCUAAUCAUCACUUACCAAGUCCUGCUUGCAUCAUUAUACUUGGUAAUCUGCUGCAGCUACUGAAGCUGGCAUGACUACCCUGUCAACUGACACAUGACCCUCAUAUGUGAUCUUACUCCUUCGUUACCGUCCACAACAGAUGCUUCCCCAGUUCUCUUUCGAGCUUCCUUUGUGUGACCAAACAAUAUGAAUCAUGUUGGCAGAAGAUUCCAAUUUUCUGUAUUUGUGAGUUAUAUGUAUUGAUCCAGCCAUCCAAGGAUAGGUGAUUAAGAAUCUAGUGCUUAGGUUUUUUCUCUUUACAAGAAUUACAACCAGUGCAUCUUUAGGAUAUCUGAUACUCUUGCUGGCUUAUAUAAUUCAGUGGUAAGUUUCAUUGUA